GUGAGCUAACCGAGAAGAACCGGAGCAGACGUAGGAGAAGCCAGAGACCGAUCUGCUCCGGGGCCGCCCGUUGAUUUAUAACCCACGAUCACCGCGCUCAACCUGACAUGAAUUCAAAUAGUGUCAGUCGAUCAAAGGCAGAGGACGGGGAGCUAGAAGACGGAGAGAUCUGCGAUGAUGAAACCGAGGAGAGGGCUCCUCCGCGGCGGGGGGAAGGGCGCAGGCCCCGCGGCGGCGCUAGGCCGCGGCCGAGAAAACAGCACCAAUUACCGCAUAACAUACGGUCUCUACUGGGGCCCCCACCGCAUGACUUUAGGCUCAUGAUGCCCUACAACCCCGGACCUCACCUUCACGGUCUGUUCCCCCCGAACCUAAGGCAGCCAGACCGGCCUCCCGCCCCGCCGCCUCCCGGGAUGUCGCUGCCUCCUCUGCCGCCGCCACCCGGACUCGUUCUGCACGGAGAGACCAACAACCGCUCCAACUUCUGGGAGCGGAGCCAUGGAGCUCUGGGAAGGUUUCGGCACCGGGUCUUGCCGAACGGAGGACGGGGGUCCUGGAAACGAGGAGGAGGUCUCGGGGGCAACAACAGAGGUGGACAUGGAAGACCCGGACCCGUAGACAUCCACGGAUCUCCCUCAAGAAUUCAGAAGCAGCCGCCAAGGGUCCGAGUCAGGAAAGUGGGUUCUAACAUCACCAGACCCGAUCCCAGUAUGGACGAGAGCUUCGAGGAUCUGCUGUCCAAGUACAAGCAGAUCCAGCUGGAGCUUGAUUGCAUCCGCAAAGCUGAGACUAUGGCGCUGGAGCCGGCAGCUUCCCCUGUCACGGAUAAUGCCGCUGCCGCUCCUCCUGCAGAGGCCAGACUGGCACCAGAACCAACACCAGAACUGUCUUUAGGUCCAGUGGGAGAAGAGCAGCUGGAUAAGGAUGAGAAGAAAGUUUUCCAGGCGUUCAACAUCAAACCUCUUCGACAUAAACUUCCCACGCCUGCUGAACUGGAUGAGCUGCAAAGGAAGUUGGAAGAGCAGGAUACAGGAGGUGCAGAACCAGGAAGCUCAGAGGCCGCAGAACCUGAGGGAAAUGUAGCUGCAGCUGUGGAGGAGCAGCAGCAGGGCGCACCUUCUGGUGAGGAAACCAAUCAAGAGGAGAAGCAGAAUUCUCAACAUGUCAGCUUGUGUUGCAGUGAAUCAUCAGCCUCCAGUGAGGAGUCAACUGUGUCUUCUGACAAGCCUGUGGAGAAGCUGGAGGAGGAGGAGCUAUCAGAGCUGCAGCUCCGCCUCUUGGCGCUGCAGUCAGCCAGUAAGAAGUGGCAGCAGCAGGAGCAGCAGGUGAUGAGAAAGAGCAAAGACCGGAUUGUUAAAGCCUCCCAGGACUCGGUUCCUGGUUCUGGAGCAACUCCGCCGGACAGGCAGCGAGUCACGACCAGGUCCGCCUCCUCUGCAGCUGCCGCCACCGCUGCAGAACAGAAUAGGAGCAGGUCCAAAGCUUCAGACAGAGACAGGACCAAGGGCGGGCCCAGACUAGCCGGCAGAGACCGACUGAAACAGAGUCCGAAGCCAGGUCCCAGAGUCCCAGCUGACAGGAGCCGAGCUUUAGGAAAAGCUCACAGCACAAAGAGGCUGAUCAAUCCAGGCUCCACAGCCAAGCAGGCGGUCAGGAAACAGCAGCUCCGUACGUGGAAGCUGCAGCAGCAGCGAAAACAGGAGGAGACUCGACGGCAGGAGGAGGAUGAUCGCCGGAAACGGGAGGAGGAAAUCCGCCGCAUUCGGGACUUGUCCAACCAGGACGAGCAGUACAACCGCUUCAUGAAGCUGGUUGGAGGAAAGAGGACACACAGUAGGUCCAGAGACCAGGACCACAGGAAAUGUGCCGGAAAGCCAGGCCUGGACACCUCAGGGAACCUCUACCAGUAUGACAACUACGACGAGGUAGCCAUGGACACGGACAGUGAGACCAGCUCACCAGUGCCAUCACCCAUGCACAACUUCCUGCCUUCAGAUGAGACUGUGUGCUAUCCUCCACUGGGCCUCUAUGGUGCUGAGGCUGCAGCCUACGGAAUGGAUUUCUCGCAGGCCUUCCUCUCCCCCAUCAUGCCAGGUAUUCCUCCCCCACCUCCCCCUCUCCCCCCACCUCCUGAUGAAUUGGAGCCUCCCCCCAAGCCUCCGUUUGCUGACGAAGAGGAGGAGGAGGAGAUGCUGCUCAGGGAGACAUGUCUUAUGUCGAUGGCCAACAAGAGGGUGGCAGCAGCUGAGAAGAGCUCCAGCGGUCCCCCGUCUCCGAGCUGUCCGCCUCCCGUCGAAGUCCAACUGCCCCCCAGAGGAAACUUGAGCACGGUCAGCCUGAACACAGUGCCCCCGUCCCGGAGCAGCAGGUUCAGCAGAGCGCAUCCUGCUGCCAGAGGUCCACUGGUGCUACCCAGGCACAAGUCUGUGGUGGUUUCCCUCAAAGAUUCAGAUGAUAGUGACUCAGACCUGGACCCCUGCAGCUCCUCCCAGACUGUGUUUGGAGGUCUGGAGUUCAUGAUCAAAGAGGUCCGAAGGACUGUUGAGGCAACAAAGCCGAAAACGGCAUCAGGAUGUGAGAAGGAGAACAACCCAGUCAGAACCCCAGAAACUCUCCCUGAAGCCAAGAAGGCAGAGUACCGUCUCCUCAAAGAGGAGAUCGCCAGCAGGGAGAAGCAGAGGAUGCUGAAGGAUCGCAGCUCGCCUGCUGCCCCGGAACCUGUUCUGGAGUCCUCCUCAAAACCAGCGGCUGAGCUCAGGCUGAGUGAGGCUGAGCAGAGACUCAGCAAGCACAGAGAGCUGCUGCAGAGGGACGAAGCCAUCCUUAGACAUCUGCUGCAACAGGAGCUGAAAAAGUCAGAGACCCUAAGGGCAGCUGAGACCAAGAUGGUCAAACUGAGAGAGCAGCUGCAGGCGUCUGAAAAGAUUGUGGCUGCCAACAGGACGCUGCUGAAGAAGUUGCAGGAACAGGUGCAGCGUGUUGAACAGCGGGUGUCCCUGAAGAAGACUGUGGCUGUCCGACUGGAGCAGGAUCUGAUGCAGGCUCAGCUGGUUGCCGGCAGAGGACCCAAACGCCCCACAGAGUCCAACCAGACCAUGCCCAGCAAGCUGCAACGUCUGGACACAGCUCCUCGUGGCUCUGAGCGACACUUUGCCGAGCUCAUCGCUCAGAAACGGCGAUUACAGCAGUUGGAGUCUGAGUACGCCCUCAAGAUCCAGAAACUAAAGGAGGCUCAAGCUCGGCGCAACAAAGUAGUCCCAGCAGAACUACCAGCCCCAGCACCCGUCCCACCCCCUCCCACUCAGAGCCAGCAGCUGCCCCCCUCCAGCCCCUUUCACCUACCUCAGCCCUCCCUGCACGACCUGUCCCAGGACAAGCUGGUUCUGGACAGUGAGGACAUACCCGAGACUGAGGAUCAAGAACCAGAGGCUGCCCCUCUCUUGGCUGUAGCUAAAGGCAGCCGCCGUGCCUCCCUCCGGAAAUCCAGCAGCUCCUUCACCAAACCCCACCUGGAAACUCCAAACUCUGCCGCUUCUAAAGACGGCAGCAGCUCUAAGGCAAACAAGAUGGCAUCCAGCUCGGAGCUCCCUGCAGAGAUGUUUGCGGGUCUGGACGUGGACGGUCUAAAGAAGAGGUACCAGCAGCAGGCCCGGCUGGAGGAGCUGCUGCAGAGGGAGCUGCGUAAAAUAAAGGAGGACAUUAAUGACUCCUCCACUGGACAGCUGGUCCCAGUGGAGCUGGAAGCUGGGAACCAGCCUGUGGUAUCGGAGCUAAAGCCGGUCUCAUUUGAGCCAUAUCGCAGCCCAUUGCUAGUCUUCAGGUCAUAUAGGUUCAGUCCCUACUACAGGACCAAGGAGAAGUUUUCUCUAAGCUCUGUGACCUACAGCAACACCAUCGAACCAAACAAGUGUUUCUGUCGCUUUGACCUGACAGGAACCUGCAACGACGACGGCUGCAGAUGGCAGCACAUGAGGAAUUGCACGCUGAGCGGGAAUCAGCUCUUCCAGGAGAUUCUGUCCUAUAAUCUGACCCUGAUUGGCUGUUCGGAGAGCAGCUCGGAUGAGGAGAUCCGCACCGCCACAGAGAACUACAUGAAGAAGCUGUUUGGUCCAAACAAAGACCGAAUGGGGAUUGAUCAGAAGGCUGUCCUACUGGUCAGUAAAGUCAACGAAAGCAAGCGACACGUGCCUCCAUACACCACCUGCAAAGACACAAGGAGGUGGAAACCGAAGCCGUCGGCACUGGGCUCCGCCGGCCCAGAGGACGACAGCGAUGAUGAUGCAUCAGCUGCUAACCUGACGACUGUAGGAGGAGACGACUUCUCAAAGAGCAUCAAGCCUGCUGUGGACGUGGUCACCUCUGAGGACCGACGGUACUUCGUUAGCGAGACAGAUGACAUUUCCAACCUAGAGGCGAGCAUCCUGGAGAGUCCGAGAGACACUCAGUUAUGGAUCAAACUCGCCUUCAAGUACUUGAACCAAAGCGAGGCCUCUGCAGCAGAAUGUCUGGAAGCAGCUCUGAAUACCCUCUCUCGUGCUCUGGAGAGUAACUGUGACGACCCCGAGGUGUGGAGUCACUACCUGUCUCUAUUCUCCAGACGAGGCAGCCAGGAGGAGGUGCGGGAGAUGUGUGAGAUGGCCGUGGAGCAUGCACCCAACCACAGAGUGUGGUGGAACUACCUGACCCUGGAGAGCUCGUUUGAGGAGAAGGACUAUGUGUGCGACCGCCUGCUGCAGUUCCUACAGGACGAGGCGUCCACAGGCGUCACAGAGAAGCUAUCCUUCCAGCUGAUGGAGGCUCUGCUCUACAGAGUGCAACUUAAUCUGUUUACAGGCCGGAUGGAGAGCGCUUUGGCCAUCUUACAGAUGGCCUUGAAAUCAGCUCAGGACCACAGCUUAGCAGAGUUCCUGACAGCCAGCGACCGGGCGCUGCUCUGGCUCUCCUACAUUCACCUGACUGAGUUUGACGAGCUGCCGUCCAGCCUGUACGACCCGGCAGAGUCCGGCCCAGGAAGGCUAGUCUGCACGAAGUCCUUCCAGCUGCCGUGGACGACGCAGCAGGACAUCAGCACGCCUCCCGACAUGCUUGUUGCUCUUUUCCAAGAUGCCAUCCAUCAGUGCAGUGAGGAAUCUGUGCCCGACAGUGAGAGGACGCUGGCCUGCAUGCCGCUCUACACCAACCUCGUCCUGCUUUACAAAAUGUUGCAAAGGUAUGAAGAGGGCGUGGCUCUGUGCGUGUCUCUGUUGGAGUUUUUUCCUGACUCAUGCACGCUGCGUGACGCUCUAGCCGACCUCCACAUCAGUGGAGGAAACGGCGAGCAGGCUGUCAGCAUGUGGCUGAACGCUCUGGCUGACUGCCCACACAACGCUCAGGUGUUCUACCACUGCUGCAGGUUCCUUAUGGCUCAGGACAAGUCGAAUGCUAUUUCUCCUCUGUUCCGAGGAUUCAUCCUGUCGCUCUGUGAGGACGAACAGAGUCAGAAGACACCUGUGGACGUCCUACGUCACUUCCUAGGAUUUUCCACCCCAGAGCUGCUAAGCGGCCCCAUCAUCAGGACCGAGCUGGAGGAGCAGCUCAGACAGCAAACAUCUUUUCUUCACCUGCUUCACUGUCGUUGGAUGUGGCUGCACGGCUCCGAGGAGGAGGCCAUUGAGGCAUUUGAACGAGCGUUGGGGUCGGUUCUGCAGCUUGAGGAUCUUCACACUCUGUGGAUGGACUACCUGCAGUUCAGCUGUAGUCCGCAGACCCUCAGCGUCACUCGAAAACUGUUCCCAGAUCUGGUCCAUCGUUGCCUCAGCACACUUCCUUCACGGUUAGAGCUUCCCUUCAACCCUGCACAGUUCUGGAGCUGCUACGACUUCCAUAACAAGGUUGUUUCCCUUUACCUGAGAGGUGUGCCACUGUCCCAGCGUGCUCUGGUACUGGAGAGACUGAGAAAUGCUAUGCCAAACAACACUGAGCUGGGUCUUAGGUUGUUGCAUCAGGAGCUUCUUGAAGGAAACAUGGAGCAGCUGAAGUUUCAGGCCCGUAUGCUGACCGGCAACACUCCCAGAUGUUUGUCCAGCUGGAGAAUAGCGAUCGCUGUGGAGCGGGAGCUGAAGGAGCGUGGCCAGAUGCGUCUUCUGUAUCAGCAAGCUGUCCAAAACCUGCCGCUGUGCGCCGCCCUGUGGAAAGAUCGGUUGUUGUUCGAGGCAAUGGAGGGCGGAGCCUCUGACCGUCUGCGGCGGCUGGUGGACUGCUGUCAGCAGGCGGGCGUCAACCGGAGCAUCGGGGGGGUGAAUCUUUGAUCAGACUGAUAGUAGAGCUGAUCACUAGGUGACUGAUUGACGAGGUAAGGCCACGCCCCCAGCCUGCCACCCUACCUCAGUGAAUGUAAGUAUGAGCUGCUGCUGAGUGACGCCUUUGCUCUUCAUCACCUUCUCUUUAGUUGCUCUCACCUUUCAGUUGGACUCAUUUCCCUCCCUUUUUAUUUCACUCACCUGAGGAGGAGUGGGGCAGCCCCACCCCACCCCCACUUUUUGUUUUCUUUGUGUGUGGACUUUUAUUUUGGUAAACUGAUUAAAGAGAAGUGUUCAGGUUAUUGAUCCAGUAUCUGUGCGGAGACGGCCACCUGCCGGUGUAGUGUUUUCUGAUUGGCUGAGUAUGUAAGAGACUGCCACGGAAAUGAAGGUCGCCACGACAAGCCACCGAGCUCAGCCGGACUGCUCAUGUGCAAUCUGUUGUCAUGACAACUAAAGAGACUUUUGUGCUGCCAGUGUUGUUUUCUACUUGUCAGAUGUGAUUAAAUUAUUUUUUAUGAACAUGGAA